AAAUGGCAAAUGAAGCUCCCUUUUGGCAAAAUACGCAUAUGAAGCAAAACUGUGUUGGGUUACCUUGGCGUCAUUUGGAUAUUCGAUGGCAAGCUCCGUGCAACGCAUCUCAGGCCACGCUCGUGCUUUCCGAACCACACUAGUCCCAUGGUCCAGACCCUUCUCCGCUGAUGCAUUGGUCGAGGUCAAGCCCGGCGAGAUCGGCAUGGUCUCCGGAAUCCCCGAAGAGCACCUUCGUCGUAGGGUUUUCAUUCUCUCGCCUGCUAGAACUGCAACCCAACAAGGAUCAGGGAAAGUUGGAAGGUGGAAGAUCAAUUUUAUGUCAACACAAAAGUGGGAAAAUCCAUUGAUGGGCUGGACGUCCACAGGGGACCCAUAUGCCCACGUUGGUGAUUCUGCACUGAGUUUUGACAGUGAAGAAGCUGCAAAGUCAUUUGCAGAAAGGCAUGGUUGGGACUAUGUGGUUAAGAAACGCCACACGCCAUUAUUGAAGGUGAAGGCAUAUGCAGACAAUUUCAAGUGGAAGGGCCUUCCCAAACCAGAGGAAGAUUGAUUUUAUUUCUCACUUCUCUCUCUCUUGGUUCUAUUAUAUAAGAGACGAGCAGCCUUGAAUUUUUCCUUGUAUCACAUUUUUCUUAAAAAGGUCGCUUUGCCCCAAAUGAAUUUUAAUAAAUGGGAGUUGAAGUUGUACUCGGUAAAA